AUGGCCCAGAGUGACGAAGAGCUUGGGCGUGCAACGCGUCUAGAGGCUCUCGCUCUAGGGCUUGUAUCAAGUUCCCCCAAACGGCGUCUGCCAAAGCUCGCAGAGCUCAGUGACCUGUUCGACAAUACUCCGCAGGGGCUCAAUGAGUCAAUUCUCCCCCUCCUCUUCCGUACAUACGCAUAUUACCAGGAUCGAGCCUCCAGAAGAGCUGUACAACGCAUCCUACAAAAUGAUCGAUUCUAUCUUCCUCACACCUCAUCACUCGUGGAUUUCUACACUUCGGAAUGUGCAAAGCAAGGGCUAGCCUCCUCAAAUGCCUUAGUGCUUGUCGAAUGGGGUUCGGUGAUUCUCCAACACUCGGCUGCCGACAAAGACAAAUUCCCAGAGUACGGCCCUUCAAUCGUAGCUGCGAUUGCUCAGGCGUUGGAAAUAUGCCACAGACCAUCAGGCAAGGCCAGGAAGAACUUAAAGUACAGCUCUCGAAGAUUGAUAGAACGUGCCAUCCUCAAGAUCGUCGAUUCUCGCCGAGGACGCCCGAUCGAAUGGCUGGUGGGUUCACUGACAGCUAAAGGUCAUGGCCUUGGGCCUAGGGCAAGUCCGUUCUUGGGCGCCUUGGCUGAUGCUUGUGCCUGGCCGCAUAGUCGACGUGGGGAGUUCAAAGAGCAAAUGUUGCCAAUCUUCGACUUCUACACACGCGAGAUUCUUGGCUCACGGUCUCAGAUUCCUCUCCACAUUGUUGUCGGGCUACAACCGUUCUUUAGCUUCUUCGUGGACACUACAGAUCUCCGCCAAAGCAUUGUACCUGCGUUAGAAAAGGCACUUUUGAGAGCUCCCGAGGUCAUUCUCAGCAAUGUUUUCUCUUCCCUUGUGGAGGCUUUGCCCUCCUCACAAGACCUUGGACCUAUUUUACAUGAUCAUCUUCUCAAACCAAUUACAAUGAAUAUCAAAUCGCAAAAUGAGAUCAUUCGUAACGGCGCUGUGUCAGCCUACAAAGUAAUAGCAGGACACACUUUCGCAGAUGACGCCAUCCAAAAGAUCUCGAAGCAACUACUGGAAAUGCUUUCCGUCACCAAAGCGCCGGUGGAACGGCAGUGCUUGUCACAGAUGCUUGAAAGCACUCCGUCAAUGUCAUCACAAGUAUCAUCUACAUGUAUCGCUAUGUGCAAGAUCAUCUCGAAAGAGACAAGUGAGGCUGUGCUCGGAGCUGAGAUUAAGGCUCUUUUUGUGAAUGUCCGAAAAGGCUCUCUCGAUGACAGCAUUCUAUCGACAGUCAAUGACGUAGCGAGUAAAGGGGCUAAAGACAAGAAGCUUAGUGUACGCAGAUUGUGGAUCCUCGCCUUUGGAGACUUUCUCUGGGAUGCUUAUGAUUCUCGAGAAAGAGAGAUGGCAUCAAAUGUCAAGCUUAUUCAAAAUCUGUCGAGUGUCCUGCAUAAUGCGUACGAAGAAGCAUCGCAAAACCCUUUGAGCGCUGCCCAGAAUGGAUCAUUGGUCGCUGCCUACAUCUUCACAGCACUUUGGCCCAAGCUCAAAUCAAACCAGCCUCCGACAAACGGCGUCAGCAAGGCGAAAUCACCAGUUUCGGCCGCAAUGGACUCCGAAAUCCUUUCAUCAUUCCUCUUGAAUCCUAAAUACUUCUCGAAGGUCGAUCCCAUGGAUAUUUCAUGGCUGGUCCGCGCACUGGCGGCCUGCAGUGAGACUAUUCCUAAAGUGCCAACAGCAACUUCAACAGCCUGGGGCGAGACUUACAUUUACACUAUCCUUUGUACAAACAUCCCUCCUCAGAUCAGGCGCACAGCUAUAAAGUCCUUGAAAAAUGUGUACCUCGCGCAUAGAGCUACUGUAUCGGGCAGCAUCAUCCAAGCAUUGUGGAAGUGGCGAAAAGAUGGAUUAGUUGACAAGAAAGAUACGCCUGCUACACUGCCAAAAGCAGACCAUGAGAAGCUAAUCUUGGUCCUUCAAUGCAUUUGUCCUCCAAGAGAAGUUUUGAGUUCCAAUUCUUUGGGAGCAGAGCAGUCAACCGUGACCCAGUGGCAGCUUGUACAGCUGCUGGUCCUGUGUCGUCCAGAGAUCAUUCCUAGAGCUCAUUGGAUUGAAAUAUGCCUGCGAAUGGGCGAAGACCCCGGCGAGAUUGCGAAGACAAAAUCUCUGGACUGUUUAGAACGUAUUGACACUAUUCUCGGAUCUAAUCAGACCGCCAAUGCAGCCUUGCCAGUUCAGGGUGCUGCCCUGCGUGCGGCUGCGGAAUUGGCGUUUGUAGCCCCCGACAUCAUCACCCCGCUGCUCAUCGACCGGAUCAGAGACAAUCUUCCAGGAGACGAUAUUUCUAAAUUUGGACCUACCGAAAUAGCCAUCGCGCGGACUCCGGAAGGUACUGCGUUCGUCGACGUCCUCAGCUCACAGACGCAGCGUAAUUCAGUGCACAAAAGCUCUCCAGACUAUGAAAUCGCAAAAUGGGAAGAGGAGAUGAGAAGUCAGAUUGCUCAGAAGAAAGGUCAGACAAAGAAGUUGACAUCUGACGAAAAGGCAAAGGUGGAGGCUCAGCUCCAGAAAGAGUCUGCUAUUCGGCAAGACGUUCAAGUUGUGGGCAACAAGCUAAAGCUGGGCGCAGGCCUGAUCCAUGCCCUGGCCACCGGACCACCGACUGAUGCUCUGCUAUGGCUCGGGUCUUCGUUGAGUCUACUAAUUCAGGUGAUAAGAGGUGGUGCUGGUAGAUUGGCCGGGUCUGUUCUAGACGACGCAUACCUUGCGUGUGCAGAUCUAGUGACAAUCAGACUUGGUAUGCAGAGGAAAUUCAUCGGCAUCGCGACUCUAAGAUCCGAAGGGUCAUCUUCUUUAUCAAACGAGCUUGUAGAGGAGCCACUUCGCGAGCUCGUUACUCGGUUGCUGCAUCGGAUCCACUUCCUCGGCGGCCAACGGAAUUUCGAUUCUCUGUCUCUCAUGUACUUGCUCCCGCUAGUAUUUGCGGUGUUGAACAAGGGCGGGCUUGGCGAUUGCGAUGCUGACGAGGCUGAUGAACAAAUUACACUUGCGUUGGAGUUUCUGGAAUUCCACACCAAUGAAUUCGCCGAAACCACCUUACCGCGACAAGAGGCUCUCGACACGCUGAUAACGAGCAUAAAACGCUUCGGUCAACACCACAGGCUCAUCAAAGAUUGCAUUAAUGGCAUCUGUGAAGCUGUUACCUCGAACAUCACCGAGUCAGAGACCGACACUCUACUCAAGGGUCUUAUCACGCCAGAACAUAAUGUCCGUACAGCACUUUUGCAAGCAAUCAAAGAUCAUGUAGACUUGACCGAUCUCGAGUUCUGCGAACAAAUUUGGAUAAUUGCUCAUGAUGAUGUGGAAGAGAACGCUGCACUAGGUCAAGCAAUAUGGCAGGAAAAUGCUUUAGAAGUAGAGCCGACGAAUGCCGCCCAGGUCAUGCCUUAUCUUGAAUCUAUUGAACGAACGAUCCGAAGCGCAGCUUCACGGGCACUCGCAGAAUGUGUUCAGGUCGACCGCGAGUCAUUCACCAAGGCUAUACACGACCUCGAGGAACAAUACCGCCAGCUUGCGAAGCCAAGAAUGCCUGAGAAAGACGCGUAUGGGAUGCCCAAGAAGAUGGAUCUUUCCGACCCUUGGCAAGCAAGAAGUGGAAUUGCAUUGGCCUUCAAAGAGAUGGCGCCAGCUUUCGAAACUUCAGAGUUGGUCGGCUUUGUUGAUUUCAUGGUGAAUGAUGGUCCCCUCGGUGAUCGCAACACAACCGUUCGAGACGAAAUGGUGGAGAGCGCAACUACUGUCAUCACGCUUCAUGGAGCGGCCGAAUUAGAGGCACUAAUGCAAAAGUUUGAGUUGGCUCUCGAAGCGUCGAAAAGCAACUCAGGAGUCUCUGACCUUGUUAGCGAAGCAGUUGUCAUUCUCUACGGCGCCAUUGCACGACAUCUGCCGGAAGGUGACGAACGCGCGCAUGAAGUCGUGCAGAAGCUUUUACAGACCCUCGCAACUCCUUCCGAAAGCGUUCAGUAUGCAGUCGCAGGCUGUCUACCUCCAUUGAUUCGAAAGUGUGGGCGAAAGACGUCCGAGUUCGUUCAGACGACGUUGGAUACUUUACUCCAAUCGAAGAAGUACGCCGCUAGACGAGGGGCUGCAUACGGGAUUGCUGGCAUUGUUGCAGGAAAAGGUGUCUCCGCCUUGAAAGAGUAUCGUAUUCUGUCGGCUCUGAAGACCGCCACGGAGAACAAGAAAGACCAAAAUCAGAGGCAGGGCGCACUCUUCGCUUACGAGCUCCUUGCAUUACUCCUCGGUGAUACGUUUGAGCCCUAUAUCAUCCAGAUCGUCCCUCAGCUACUUGGAAGCUUUGGUGACGCAAAUGCGGAUGUGCGAGAAGCGUGUCUUGACGCCUCGAAGACAUGCUUCUCACAUUUAAGCUCAUACGGAGUCAAGGUUAUCUUACCGACACUCUUGGAAGGCCUGGAGGAAAAUCAAUGGAGAAGCAAGAAAGGUGCAUGUGAUUUGCUUGGCGCAAUGGCAUAUCUCGAUCCUCAGCAGCUUGCAGUCAGCCUGCCAGACAUCAUUCCUCCCCUAACAGGAGUACUGAACGACAGCCACAAGGAGGUCCGGUUGGCUGCAAACCGUAGCUUACAGCGCUUCGGUGACGUCAUCAGCAAUCCUGAAGUCAAGAGCCUCGUGAGCAUCCUCCUUAAAGCUCUCAGUGAUCCGACAAAGUACACCGAGGAUGCCCUUGAGGCACUGAUCAAGGUCUCCUUUGUGCACUACCUUGAUUCACCAUCCUUGGCGCUAAUCGUGCGUAUCCUUCAACGAGGCCUGAAUGAUCGGUCUGCAACGAAGCGGAAGUCAGCUCAAAUCAUUGGCAGCUUGGCACAUAUGACCGAGAGGAAGGAUGUCAUAUUUCACCUCCCAAUCUUGGUCGCAGGCCUCAGAUCUGCCGUAAUCGAUCCAGUGCCAGCAACACGAGCAACGGCAUCGAAAGCAUUAGGCUCGCUAGUUGAAAAGCUUGGAGAAGACGCAUUACCAGACCUUAUACCUAGCCUCAUGACAACAUUGAAGUCGGAUACUGGCGCAAGCGAUCGAUUAGGUUCCGCCCAAGCUCUCAGCGAAGUUCUUGCUGGGCUUGGAACCAGCAGGCUCGAGGAGACCCUGCCUACCAUUUUGCAGAACAUAUCAAGCGUCAAAGCGACGGUCCGUGAAGGUUUCAUGACGCUGUUCAUCUACCUGCCUGCCUGUUUCGGAAACAGCUUCGCCAAUUAUCUCAGCAAGGUCAUUCCUCCCAUCCUUUCAGGUUUGGCAGACGAGCUCGAAACUAUCCGUGAAACGGCCCUCAGAGCAGGCCGUCUCCUAGUCAAAAACUUCGCCUCCAGGUCUAUCGAUCUACUGUUGCCGGAAUUGGAUCGCGGACUUGCUGACAUCAACUAUCGUAUUCGACUUAGCUCCGUCGAGCUGGUUGGUGACCUACUCUUCAAUCUGACAGGAAUCAGUGGCAAGACGGAACAAGAUGAGAACGAAGUGGAGGGUGCCGCCGAAGCAGGUCAGUCUCUGAUCGAAGUUCUCGGUGAGGAGAAACGUAACAAAAUUCUUUCAUCGCUCUACAUCUGCCGUUGCGACACAUCUAGCUUGGUUCGAGGUGCAGCUAUCGAUGUCUGGAAAGCGCUUGUUGCUACGCCACGCACACUGAAAGAGCUUGUGCCUACUCUCACGCAGCUGAUCAUUAGGCGACUUGCGAGCUCCAAUAUGGAGCAAAAAGUGAUCGCCGGCAACGCACUGGGCGAGCUGAUACGAAAGGCUGGUGAAGGCGUACUAUCUAGUCUCCUGCCUACAUUGGAAGAAGGGCUUCAGACGUCUACAGACACCGACCACAGGCAAGGUAUCUGUAUGGCACUACGCGAAGUUACAUCUGCUGCUUCAUCCGAAGCUCUCGAAGAUUACCAGAAAGUUCUUAUCUCUGUUGUUCGGACGGCGUUAGUGGACAACGAUAGUGAGGUCCGUGAAUCUGCUGCUGAAGCAUUCGACUCGCUGCAGCAGGUGCUCGGCAAGAAGGCUGUUGAUCAAGUACUUCCACAUCUACUCAAUCUACUUCGAUCCGAGGACGGCGCCGAUACUGCACUAUCUGCACUAUUGACACUGCUCACUGACAACACGCGGUCCAAUAUCAUUCUACCAAAUCUCGUUCCUACAUUACUUGUUUCGCCAAUCAGUACUUUCAACGCUAGAGCAGUCGCAUCACUGGCGCAAGUCGCGGGUUCGUCUAUGAAUCGAAGACUACCGAACAUACUGAACACUCUAAUGGACAACAUCAUCGUAUGUAAGGAUGAAGACCAGCGACAGACCCUCGAGGAAUCUUUCGAGUCGAUCUUGCUUUCUGUUGACGAAUAUGACGGACUGAAUACCAUGAUGAGCGUUGUGCUCACUCUAGUCAAGGACUCGGAUCACCGCAAGCGCGCCAGCAUCGAUUCUCGAUUGGGCAACUUCUUUGCAAAAGCCACCGUCGACUUCUCGCGGUACUAUCAAGAUCUGAUACGUGUCUUGCUAAUUUCAUUCGAUGACUCGGACAAAGAGGUCGUGAGAGCAGCGUGGACGGCAUUAUCUGGACUGACUUCAAGGUUGAAGAAAGAAGAGAUGGAAUCACUUGUUUUGUCUACACGCCAGGUCCUUCUCCAAAUCGGUGUCGCAGGGGCCAACCUUCCAGGCUUCCUACUACCCAAGGGCAUCAAUGCGAUCCUACCAAUCUUUCUACAAGGCUUGAUGAACGGAACAUCGGAUCAAAAGGUCAAUGCAGCGCUCGCAAUCUCCGACAUGGUCGAUCGCACAAGUGUGGAUUCAUUGAAACCUUCUGUCACUCAAAUUACGGGCCCUUUGAUCAGAGUGGUGUCUGAACGAUCAAUUGAUGUGAAAGCAGCCAUUCUAUUGACACUGAACAAUUUACUUGAGAAGAUCUCUAUCCUCCUGAAGCCUUUCCUUCCCCAGCUACAGCGGACAUUCGCGAAGUGUCUUGCAGAUCCCUCCAGCGAGCUUCUCCGAUCACGAGCAGCAAAGGCUCUUGGUACUCUCAUCACCCUUACGCCAAGAGUAGACCCUCUCAUAGCCGAGCUAGUCACCGGCUCGAAAACAGCUGAUAGCGGCGUGCAGAAUGCGAUGAUGAAAGCAUUGUUCGAAGUCGUCAGUAAAGCUGGCGGCAAUAUGAGCGAAGCAUCUCGAACCUCGAUCCUAGGGUUGAUCGAUAGCGAUAUUGGGGGUGACAACGACACGACAGCCAUAACCCAUGCGCGGCUUUUCGGAGCGCUGAUCAGAUCAUUCCCAGCUGGCAGCAGCCCAUCAAGCCUGCUUAAGACCAGAGCGCUUGCACAGCACCUCACUCCGUCCACCGUUCUCAACCUGAAUGCCGUGCUUGUGCACUCGCCCGAGUCACUGACGGAAGGCUUCUCUCAAGAGACACCGAGUAUCAUCACCGCAGGCAUGCAGCAUCGCAAUCUCUUCAUCGUCGACAAUUGUAUCUUGGCAUCCGGCAAAUAUCUCCUCACUCCGUCCUCUAAUCGCAACAAAGCCAGCGAAUCCAUUAUCCCAGCUCUUACCAAUCUCAUAUCUCCAGGCGGACCCAUCGACACUCGCCGACUUGCGCUUGUAGUGAUCCGCACCGUCUCCCGGGCUGACCCGGAACUCAUCUCCCCUCAUCUUCCGGUCCUUACCCCUCCGGUCUUUGCCAGUGUUCGCGACACCGUCAUCCCAGUCAAGCUGGCAGCCGAGGCAGCAUUCCUCUCAAUCUUCAGUGUCGAAGAGAACGAGGGCGAAGUAUUUGAGGCGUAUAUGGCCGAGCAUGGUGGGUCAGUGGGCGCCGGACCAAAGCGGAGUAUGCAGGAUUACUUCAAACGAGUAGCAAUGAGGCUAGGCACUCAAGCCCGGGAGAGGAGGGAAGCCGAGGGCGGUCAAGGCGGCUUGGGGCUGUCGAACGAUGAGGUAGAAGAUGAGCGGGAGAUCUGGAGCGUGGGGAAGAUGGAAUUGGAGGAUAAGACAUUCAGCGUGGACUGA